CGUUCUCGCCUCUGUCCUCGCAGCCUCUGCUACCUCCCUCCCUCCCUUCCUCCCUCCGCCUCAGUCCUCAUUCAUCAGUUUCAGUUCCUCCCUCUCCCUCGCUGACGCACGGACGCAGCCUCGCUCCCUCCGUGCUCAAUUCUUCGGGCGGCCGUUCUUCCGAACUCCACCCCUCUGCCUAUUGCAUAGUUUCUCAUGGAGAAAGGAGAUGGUGCCGGAGUAAUUGACCUGGACAAGACAACUGUUACUUUAGAACCAGAGAAGUCCAGUGGUAGCGGGCUCUAUGUUCCGGGGAAGGAUAAAGUCGUUUACAUCCCCCAAGAAAGAAAAUCUCGCUUAGGACUGGAUGUUCUUGCCAUUGCAAAGCGAGGAGGGUCUCAAACUGAUGCGGGAUUCAAGGUGCCUAAAGAGAGGAUAGCUUCCAUGGCAGCAUCUGCCGAGGAAGAAGAAGGGUCAGGAAUUUCUAUUGAUGAUGAAGAAAAAUCCCUAAGUUCGAAGAAGCAUGCUAAUAGGAGAUACCGCGAAGUGACCAAUGAAAACUCGCAACCAGAAAGUUCUGUGACUGAAGAUCAGCAUAGGACUCGUUCAAGUGAGCGUAUGGGUUCAGAUGGUUCUGCUACACCUUCUAAGUAUGAAAGGGAGGACCAUAGAAGUGAGAGAAGACAUCUCAAGCAUGAUUCAAGAAGUGACGGUAGAAGCACACAUCAUAGAAGCAACAAUGAUAGUAGGGAACGAUAUUCAGAAAGGGAAAGGGAUUCACGUGGCAGAUAUGACCAUGAAUAUGGUAGAAAGAGAAACAGAUAUGAAGGUUCCAGGAGAACACCAGGAAGGUCCGACUGGGAUGAUGGUAGAUGGGAAUGGGAAGAGACUCCACGAAGGGAUAGUGUCUCUUAUUCUUCUCAGCGGCAUCAACCUUCACCGUCCCCCAUGUUUGUUGGUGCCUCACCUGAUGCGCGAUUAGUGUCUCCAUGGUUGGGGGGUCACACUCCUCAUUCAUCCUUUGCUUCAUCUUCUCCUUGGGACCAUGUAUCUCCAUCUCCACUUCCAAUACGUGCUUCUGGAUCUUCAGUCAAAUCUUCUGGAUCCAGGCAUAGUGGACGGUCCUAUCACCUAACUUUUUCUUCAGAAAAUUCAAAAUCAUAUGAGGAUGAAGUUGCGGAUGAUGCCAAUUUGGGUGAAGAACGCCACUAUGAGAUUUCUGAAAGCAUGCGUCAAGAGAUGGAAUAUGAUGCUGACCGAGCAUGGUACGAUAGAGAGGAAGGGAGUACAUUUGAUGCAGAUAACUCAUCAGUUUUUCUGGGGGACGAGGCUUCCUUUCAGAAAAAAGAAGCAGAGCUGGCCAAAAGACUGGUCCGAAGAGAUGGGACUAAGAUGUCGCUUGCUCAGACCAAAAAGCUGUCUCAGCUCACAGCUGAUAAUGCUCAGUGGGAGGAUCGGCAGCUGCUGAGAUCAGGAGCUGUUAGAGGUACAGAAGUUCAGACUGAAUUUGAUGAUGAGGAAGAGCGCAAGGUUAUUCUUCUCGUACAUGAUACAAAGCCACCUUUCCUUGAUGGAAGAGUUGUUUUUACAAAGCAGGCUGAGCCUAUUAUGCCCAUAAAAGAUCCCACAUCUGACAUGGCUAUAAUUUCUCGCAAAGGAUCUGCUCUAGUAAGAGAAGUCCAUGAAAAGCAAAGCAUGAAUAAGUCUCGUCAACGCUUUUGGGAGCUCGCGGGAUCAAAACUUGGUGAUAUCCUGGGUGUUGAGAAAACAGCAGAACAGAUUGAUGCAGAUACCGCUGUGGUGGGUGAACAAGGUGAAAUUGAUUUCAAGGAGGAUGCCAAGUUUGCCCAGCAUAUGAAGAAGGGAGAAGCUGUGAGUGACUUUGCAAAGUCGAAAAGCAUUGCUGAGCAAAGACAAUAUUUACCCAUAUUUUCUGUGCGUGAAGAGUUAUUACAGGUGAUUCGAGAGAAUCAGGUGGUGGUGGUUGUGGGAGAAACAGGCUCUGGAAAGACAACACAAUUGACACAGUAUCUGCAUGAAGCUGGCUACACUAAAAAUGGUAUAGUAGGCUGCACCCAACCAAGGCGCGUGGCAGCUAUGAGUGUUGCUAAGAGAGUCAGUGAGGAGAUGGACACAGAGUUGGGUGAUAUGGUUGGCUAUGCAAUACGUUUUGAGGAUGUAACAGGGCCAAAUACUGUUAUUAAGUACAUGACCGAUGGGGUACUUCUUCGUGAGACACUCAAAGACUCUGAUUUAGACAAGUAUCGGGUUGUUGUCAUGGAUGAAGCCCAUGAAAGGUCACUGAGCACAGAUGUUCUUUUUGGAAUAUUGAAGAAAGUGGUUGCCCACCGUCUUGAUUUCAAGCUAAUAGUCACGUCUGCAACUCUAAAUGCUCAAAAAUUUUCAAAUUUCUUUGGAAGUGUGCCAAUAUUCCACAUUCCUGGGAGAACAUUUCCUGUUAAUAUAUUAUGGAGUAAAACUCCAUGUGAAGACUAUGUUGAAGCUGCAGUAAAGCAGGCCAUGACUAUUCAUAUAACUAGCCCACCAGGUGACAUCCUUAUCUUCAUGACUGGCCAAGAUGAGAUUGAGGCAGCCUGUUAUGCACUCGCUGAGAGAAUGGAACAGAUGAUAUCAUCUUCAAGCAGAGCAGUUCCUAAACUCUUGAUUCUUCCCAUAUACUCUCAACUGCCUGCAGACUUGCAAGCAAAGAUAUUCCAGAGAGCAGAAGACGGGGCUCGUAAGUGCAUUGUGGCCACUAAUAUUGCCGAGACAUCCUUGACUGUGGAUGGUAUUUUUUAUGUCAUCGACACAGGCUAUGGUAAAAUGAAGGUGUAUAACCCUCGGAUGGGUAUGGAUGCUCUUCAAGUAUUCCCUGUCAGCCGAGCUGCUGCUGACCAGCGUGCCGGACGAGCUGGUAGAACUGGCCCUGGUACCUGUUAUCGGCUGUAUACAGAGAAUGCUUACCUGAAUGAGAUGUUGCCUAGCCCUGUACCAGAGAUCCAAAGGACUAACCUGGGCAAUGUGGUCUUGUUGCUCAAAUCUCUCAAGGUUGACAACUUACUUGAUUUUGACUUCAUGGAUCCACCUCCUCAAGAUAACAUUCUCAACUCAAUGUAUCAGUUAUGGGUGCUGGGCGCACUCAAUAAUGUGGGGAGCUUAACUGAACUCGGAUGGAAAAUGGUUGAGUUUCCAUUGGACCCGCCCCUUGCUAAGAUGCUUUUGAUGGGUGAACAGUUAGGAUGUGUGGAGGAAGUAUUAACGAUUGUGUCAAUGCUUUCAGUUCCAUCCGUCUUCUUCAGACCCAAGGACAGGGCAGAGGAGAGUGAUGCAGCUCGAGAAAGAUUCUUUGUGCCAGAAUCUGAUCAUUUAACCUUGUACAAUGUUUAUCAGCAAUGGAAGCAACAUGAUUACAGGGGUGAUUGGUGCAAUGAUCAUUUUUUGCAUGUUAAAGGUCUAAGAAAGGCUAGAGAGGUGAGAUCUCAGCUGCUUGAUAUUCUCAAGACUUUAAAGAUUCCCCUAACAUCAUCUUGGCCAGAUACCGAUAUCGUUAGAAAAGCAGUCUGUUCAGCCUACUUUCAUAAUGCAGCAAGAUUAAAGGGAGUAGGGGAGUAUGUGAACUGCCGGAAUGGAAUGCCGUGUCACCUGCAUCCUAGCAGUGCCCUCUUUGGUAUGGGUUGUACGCCGGAGUAUGUGGUCUAUCACGAGUUAGUCUUGACCACCAAAGAGUACAUGCAAUGUGCUACAGCUGUGGAACCCCAGUGGUUGGCUGAGUUGGGACCCAUGUUCUUUUCUGUAAAGGAGUCUGAUACGUCAUUAUUGGAGCACAAAAAGAGACAGAAAGAAGAAAAAACAGCGAUGGAAGAGGAGAUGGAGAAUUUAAAGAAAGCCCAGGUUAAGGCUGAGAGAGAAAGGAAAGAGAAGGAGAAGCAAAAGAAGGCCAAGAAUCAACAGCAAGUCUCCAUGCCUGGUUUGCGCAAGGGUUCAUCAACUUUUUUGAGACCAAAGAAGCUUGGUUUGUAAAUGUAAAUAGUAUUAACUGUUGCAAAAUGUUUAUUUGUAAACUCACGAGUUAAUUGACGUUAGCGUAGGUUACAAAGAAAGUCUUGAUUGUGAUUUUAACCUUGUACCAUUGUAGAUUUUGUGAUCUCACAGGAUAAGCUAAGAAACACUUAGCCUUCGAGCAUUUAUACAUUCAUUCCUGUUUUUGAGCGUUGAUGCUCUGUUUA